AUGAGCCUGAAGAGAUGGAGAUAUGCUCUGGAGAGAAGGGGAAUGAAAGUCACUCAGAACAAAGUGGAGUACAGCUGUGUCACUGAGGAGGAGUCUGGCAGAAUGAUGCUGUUGCAAGGAAGAGAUGUGGUGAAGAAGAACUAUGCUAAAGAGUACCACCUUCUGGCUGCAGUGUUUGACGAGAACCUGAGUUGGUAUUUGGACGACAACAUAAAGACCUUCACCACGGCUCCAACCACUGUUAAUAAGGAAGAUGAUGGUUUCAUGGAGAGCAAUCAGAUGCACGCCAUCAACGGCUUCGUGUACAGGAACUUGCCAGGCCUCACCAUGUGUAAGGGAGAUAAAGUAACCUGGCACCUGUCAGGUUUGGGUACAGAGUUGAAUAUCCACAGCCUCCAUUUCCAGGGCAACCGAUUCAUCUACCGCCAAAACAGAAGAGAUGCCAUCACGCUAACCUCUCACAUCUCACACACAGUCACUAUGGAGCCGGACAGCAUGAGUAGGCAGCAGCACGAGCUGCAGCACGAACUAUUGUUUGAAAUGUGA